AUGAGCUCGACCACCACCGUCACGACCACCGCGGCGCCCGCCAUCACCGCCGACAACAUCCUCCGCCUGUUUGGCAGCGAUGUCAACACCAACGUGAUUGGCGCGGGCGCGCGUCAGGCGUCGACGGGAAACAGCGAUAGCGAUCUGGCUGGCUAUGAUGAGGAGCAGAUCCGCCUGAUGGACGAGAUGUGCAUCGUUCUCGACGAGAACGACGUGCCUAUUGGCAGCGCGACCAAGAAAGUUUGCCACCUCAUGGAAAACAUCAACCGCGGCCUCUUGCACCGGGCCUUCAGCGUCUUCCUGUUCGACUCGCAGAACCGGCUCCUGCUGCAGCAGCGGGCGACGGAAAAGAUCACGUUCCCGGACAUGUGGACCAACACGUGCUGCUCGCACCCGCUGGGGGUGCCGACCGAGACGGGCUCGGACCUGCCGACGUCGGUCGCGGGCGCCAAGCGCGCGGCGCAGCGCAAGCUCGGCCACGAGCUGGGCAUCCCGGCCGACCAGGUGCCCGUCGACGAGUUCGACUUCCUCACCCGCAUCCACUACCUCGCCCCCAGCGACGGCAAGUGGGGCGAGCACGAGAUCGAUUAUAUCUUGUUUAUCCGCCCGAAGAAGGGCGUUACGCUCGAUGUCAACCCGAACGAGGUGCGCGAUACUCGGUACGUGUCGCCGGAGGAGCUCCGCGCCAUGUUCGAGGAUAAGAGCUUGAAGUUUACGCCCUGGUUCAAGCUCAUAUGCGAGAGCAUGCUGUUUGACUGGUGGAAGCACUUGGACACCGGAUUGGAGAAGUUCAAGGAGGAGGGUAUCAGGCGGAUGUAA